AUUCCCAGGGCUCGAUCCAAUCACACUUUUACUACACAGAAUCACAGAUCAUAUAAUAAAAAAAAAUGUCAGGAAUUAUUCACAAGAUCGAGGAGAAGCUCCACGUCGGAGGCCACAAGGAGGAGAAGAAGCACCACGACAAGGCCGAAGGCCACAAGGAGGAGAAGAAGCACCACGGCGGCGAUCACAAGGAAGGGUUGGUGGAGAAGAUCAAGGACAAGAUCCACGGCGGAGGCAGCGAUCACCACGACAAGGACGAGAAGAAGAAGAAAAAGGAGAAGAAGAAGAAGCACGGCGAGCACGGCCACGGCCACCACCAUGACAGCAGCAGCGACAGCGAUUAGACGUGUACGUCCGCCGUUGGUGCAGUUUCCGGUGACGAAGUGGCAUGGAGUUCCGAUGAGAUUGACGGAGUAACAAUUAAAUAAAUAAGUCAAACGAGUUGUUCUCAAAAAAAAAAAAAAAAGUCAAACGGGUGGGCAUUUGUUGCCUUGUUUAGUAAUUACGUCGUGCAGUGUUGGAUACUUGUGUAUGUAUGUGUUCCCUUUUAACAUCAGUUAAAUAAAAAUGCUAAGAUAUUUAAGGAUUCCAAA